GUAACAUCGGCACGUUUUUGCAUGAGGUAACGUCAUCCUCACGGUUCCUAUAGCGACGGUAAACAGGCUGGCGUUCCCAUAGCAGCUGGAGUACACUGAAGUCUGGAAUCAGAACUGCCGUCAGCAUGAGCGUCCGGACCUUCAGGCCCUCUGUGCGGAUCGGGAACUGGAAUGAGGAUGUGUCCCUAGACGAGGAUCUUUUGAAAGAUUUCUUAGAAAAAAGAGAAAAAGGAGAACUCCUAAUCCAAAAGUCAAGCAACCUUAAGAAGAAUGUUUUGAAAAAGGCAGAUCUUUCCAUUUCUAAGGAUGGCGUUCUUCAUUUUGGAGAUGUGGUCAUGUUACUUAAUCCAGAAAACAGUGAGCAGUCUUUGAGUAACCCAUCUCCAGUAUACGGUAAUUACACCCUCUCUGUAAACCCGGAGGAAAGUGCACUCCAUGUGAAGAGCCACCUGACCGCGCCAUGUGGAGUGAGUGCCAGCUGCAACGUGAAACCUUGUGGCAGAAACGCCUUCAUUAUUACAAGUGUAGAUGCUAGUGAACCUGGAGAACCUUUGUGCUAUGGACAGAAUUUUGCAUUGAAGACCGCAGAAGAUUUCAUGGGACAGUUAUAUCUGACAAGUGACCGUCAAUCAUUUCUAAAGAGCAGCAAGAAGUCUCAUUUGCAAGAGGUCAGUUUAACAGACCAGGCUUCAUAUGAGACCUGCUGGCAGGUCGUUCACUUGGACCCACAGUUUAGGCUGGAACAUGAAGGGCUGCCUGUGCCGGCAAACACUAAAGUCCUUAUUGUUCACAGUAAAACAAAUCAAUGCAUAGCUGUCCUUAGGAAGUAUAUACUAUGGACAUUAUUUGGUAAGGAAUGUGAAAUCACAGCACACACAUACCUAAAUGGACACAGAGUUGAAGAGAAUGAAAAUCAUUGGAUUAUUGUGACUGGAAGCCCAAGUGAUGACAUAAACACAAUGUUUGACAGACCUAAACCACCAAGUGAAGACACGAAUGAGAGCAAACAUGUUUCUUAAGACUGGGAGAACUACCAUAUGCUGAAAUGGUGUUAUGCAUCUUAUUGACUAGGAUACAUUUUAUGUACAAUAAAAAGGAAAAAAGUUAAAGUUAA